AUGUGCUGUGCGGGUUUCACGAAUUACCUGUUCCACAAACUGAGGAAAUACACAUGUGGACUUGCCGGACGCGAAAGCGACGCCGAUAUGUCGCUGAAGCAGGGCAGCGGCACGGGCAAGGUCCACUUCGGUGGUCUAGACGAUGUGUCUCUGUACGGCACGCCAGUGGAGCCCGCACCACCAGCCCCCGACGCUAAGCAGGGUUUCCUGCGCAACCAGUUACAAGCACUCUUCCAGCCUACAGAUAACAAACUCGCAAUGAAACUCUUCGGCUCAAAAAAGGCUCUGAUGAAGGAGCGCAUCAGGCAAAAAGCGGCGGGUCACUGGGUCAUCCAUCCAUGCAGCAGUUUCAGGUUCUACUGGGAUCUAUGUAUGUUAUUACUACUGGUGGCGAAUCUUAUCAUCCUACCCGUUGCCAUCUCUUUCUUCAACGAUGACCUCAGCACGCGUUGGAUUGCCUUCAACUGCCUAUCAGACACCAUAUUCCUUAUAGAUAUCGUUGUUAAUUUUAGAACAGGAAUAAUGCAGCAAGAUAAUGCGGAACAAGUGAUAUUAGAUCCCAAGUUAAUAGCAAAGCACUAUUUAAGGACGUGGUUCUUCCUGGAUCUCAUCUCUAGUAUACCACUAGAUUAUAUUUUCUUGAUCUUCAAUCAGGACUUUAGUGAAAGCUUUCAAAUUCUUCACGCGGGUCGUGCGCUAAGAAUACUACGGUUAGCCAAGCUGUUGUCUUUGGUGCGAUUGUUGCGGCUCUCAAGACUUGUCAGAUAUGUGUCGCAAUGGGAGGAAGUAUAUAUCUUGCAGAACCUUCAAAAAAAGCGCACCGAACGGAGAGGACGGCUCAGCUCCGACGUUGCCAAAAAGAAGAGUGACACCAAAAGCAAUCUGAUCUUCAAGUUCCUCAACAUGGCGUCAGUGUUUAUGCGGAUAUUCAAUUUAAUCUGCAUGAUGCUGUUAAUCGGCCACUGGUCGGGAUGUCUACAAUUCCUCGUUCCAAUGCUUCAGGGUUUUCCACCGAACUCGUGGGUGGCUAUUAAUGAACUACAGGAGGCGUUCUGGUUAGAACAAUAUUCGUGGGCGCUGUUCAAAGCCAUGUCUCAUAUGCUGUGCAUUGGUUACGGCCGGUUUCCACCUCAAUCCCUCACCGACAUGUGGCUUACAAUGCUAUCGAUGAUCUCUGGGGCCACCUGCUAUGCACUUUUCCUUGGUCAUGCAACCAAUCUCAUCCAGAGUCUUGAUUCCUCGCGAAGACAAUAUCGUGAAAAGGUGAAACAAGUAGAAGAAUACAUGGCCUAUCGCAAACUACCUCGUGAAAUGAGGCAACGUAUCACCGAAUACUUCGAGCAUCGUUACCAAGGCAAAUUUUUCGACGAAGAGCUUAUCUUGGGCGAGCUUAGCGAGAAACUACGCGAGGAUGUCAUCAAUUACAAUUGUCGCUCACUUGUUGCCUCGGUGCCGUUCUUCGCUAACGCUGAUUCCAACUUUGUUUCGGAUGUCGUCACUAAACUACGUUACGAAGUCUUCCAACCUGGCGAUAUCAUUAUUAAAGAAGGAACCAUCGGAAGCAAAAUGUACUUUAUUCAAGAAGGAAUCGUGGACAUUGUUAUGGCGAACGGCGAAGUAGCUACCAGCCUGUCCGAUGGCUCCUACUUCGGCGAAAUUUGUUUGCUGACCAACGCUCGCCGAGUCGCCUCCGUCCGCGCCGAGACUUAUUGCAAUCUGUUCUCGCUCUCCGUGGACCACUUCAACGCGGUGCUCGAUCAGUACCCUUUGAUGCGACGCACGAUGGAGAGUGUCGCCGCCGAGAGGCUCAACAAGAUCGGCAAGAAUCCGAACCUCGUGGCGCACCGCGAGGACGACACCACGUCUGAAGGCAAUACGAUCAACGCAGUGGUGAACGCGCUGGCGGCGGAGGCGGAGCACGUGAGCCUGUCGGACGACAGCGUGGCGCGGCUGUCGGAGCGCUCGUUGGGGCUGGCACUGCAGCCACUGCAGGCCGCGUCGUGCCGCAUGGCGGGCGUCGCGCUGCCUGGCCUGGGCGUCGCCGCUGCGCUGCCCCGCCCCAAGUCCGAGCACGACUUCAGCCUGGCGCAGACGCAGCAACCGCCGCUAGCCGCGGCCGCCGCCUUCCACAAGUCGGACGCCGGCAUAGCGCCCUGA